AUGGGAAGCAAAACGGAAGAUCUGAAAUCUGUUUCCGACAGCUUAAGAACACUAGCUGAUGAACGUGAGAAGGAAAUAGCAUCCGAAAAGCUUAAGGUCAUUAAUGCAAUGGAGAAAGCUAACGCGAAACAAAUUCGGAUUCAUGCUAGGAAUAUGGUUCGUAUGAGACAAGAAGUGUCAAACUAUCGUCAAAUAUGUAAUCGUCUUGAUUCUAUGGUCGAUUAUUUUGAAAAGCAACCGGAACAAAGUAGCAUCCUUAAUUCGAUUCCAGCAAUUGUCGAGUCCAUUGAUUCUUCUUUAACAAGCGGAAAUACUAAAAAUAUGUUGAAAUCAAUGGAUCAGAUUGAAGAACAGUUUUUCGAUGAGGAAACUAUGGCCAAAUUUACAAAUUCGUCAGCUACCGAGAACGCACCAAUUGCAGUGUCAGAAGAUGAUGAAAUUAACACUUUGGUCAAAGCCUUAGCCGAAGAAUAA